UCAUUUCCUACUAGAACACUCUUAACUAUGGCAAAACAAAUCACCAAACAAGUCUUCUUCUCCUUCAUCUUCUUGUCUGUCUUACUUUACCAAUCCAAUGCUGUCCCAUCUUUCCAUCGCAAAUCACUCGACCUAGCGAAACCAUGCAAGCGUUUCAUCGUCCACCUCCAUAACGUUGCUUACGAUGGUGAUAACACGGCUAACGCGACGUCAGCCGCGAUUGUGAACCCUAUAGGACUAGGAGACUUCAACUUCGGGAAGUUUAUAGUCAUGAACAACCCUGUGACAAUGGACGAGAACUAUCUCUCGAAACCGGUGGCUCGUGUUCAAGGCUUCUUCUUCUACCAUGGUAAGUCACAAUACGACACUUGGCUCUCUUGGUCCGUAGUAUUCAAUUCAACAGAACACAAAGGGCAGUUGAACAUGAUGGGUGAGAAUCCGUUUAUGGAGCCGACCAGAGACAUACCGAUCGUUGGUGGGACUGGUGACUUCAUCAUGACUCGUGGGAUCGCUACGUUCACGACCGAUCACAUUGAUGGAAACAAAUAUUUCCGUAUCAAAAUGGAUGUUAAACUCUAUGAAUGUUACUAAGAUCGUGUCUCGUGUUUGAUAUUUUUGAGUUUGAUGUUUUGUUUGUUGCAAUUUUAUUUCAUUUCUAAGUAUCGAAGUUGAUGUUGU